UUUUGGAAUUACCAAGGUUAAAAUUUUGUUAGAGAUGGAAAGAGAGUUGUAGGAGUUGAAACUUUCAUUCCUUUCUUCCUUCCUGCUGUACCUAUGAUACAUAUAUACUUCCAAGUUCCAAAAACAAACACUUCCUUUUCCUUAGUCCCUAGGAAAAACAUCAAAUGUAACACAUACAUAACAUAACACAAUCAUAUUUUGUUUUGUUUUAAUUUUUUGAUAAUUCCCUGCAGGAUUAUUAUUAUUAUUAUUACAGUGCAUAUCCAACACAAAUGGAAGUAAACAAGGGUAUUAAGAGCCGUGGAAGGCCCCGGUUCACGUCCGAAGAGACCGGGGAUUCGUCGUUUGAGUGCUCUGGUAAGCACUGCAGAUCAUGUGCAGCUGCCAUAGUUGCUGAUUGUGUUGCUGUGUGCUGCUGCCCUCUCGCCGUCGUCAGUCUGUUAGCUCUUGCCUUUGUGAAAGUACCAUACUUAGUAGGAAAAAAGUGUCUAAGGAAAAGAAACAACAGAAAGAGGAAAUGCAAGAUAAUUGGUGAAGUGGGUAAUAUUGAAAUCAAUAACAGGGAUAUUAAUCUCAUUUCAGGAAGAUUAAGUCAGAGUAAAUCAGAUAUUAUCAUUGAAUUUGGAAAAGAUGCUGGUGAAUGUGAUCAAGACUUGGAAGAAAGGACAAGUUUUUGUGCUGCAUUUGAAGCUGAUAAAGUUUUAUUGGAAUUAUAUCAAGUUGGUCAUUUGGGUUUUGGUAGGGUAUCUUUUACUGGAAUUCAACCUUUUAGUAAAGAAAAUUAAGUUUUCUUUAGUUCAUCAAAAAAAGUACAGAAAACUCUGAUUUUACCCUGAGAAGUGAAAAAAAUUCAGGUAUUUUUCACCCUAGGGAAAAAUCUGAGUGUUUUAUUGUUAUAUUGACUUUGUUAUGGGAGUGGACUGAUGAGUGAGAAUUUUAGGCUUACAUAGUGCAGUGGUUGGUUGCUUUGAUCAGAUCAGUAUUAUUUGUACUGUCCAUAAUUGUAAUUGUUAUUAUGAUCAUUAUAUGUUGUGAAAAGAUAUGGAAUUUGCUAGGGUUCUUUUA